CUUAGCUACGUUUCCUUUGUUUUGCAUUGAAUAUGGCUGCCAUAUUUAGUUUAGAUGUCUGUUUUCAAAUAAGAAAAAGUGAUGAGUGAAGAAUUCAUGUGAUAAAAAUCAUUUAAAGACGUGAGUUGAGUGAGAAUAAUACGAAUUAUUCGAUUCUACAUUAUGGACACUACAAUUAUUGUUGCCUUCACGUACUUUGAUGAGAAAUGUUACUGUUUACAUCGGUGAUUGAAAACUUUCCUUCAGUCGAUGUCAAUUUAAGUAAAUAUUAGUGAACUGGCAUCACAAUUGGAAAUAAAACAAAGAAUUGGUGGAUACCCCACCAAAAUAUUGUAUUGUCCACAAAAUGUUAAAGACAUGAGUCUUUGCCUAGAUAGUAAUAAUGUGCUCGCCAAUCAGGUGAGCACAGCAUCCGCAUUACAAAUAUCUGAGAAAUCCCAGAAUGAAAAUGCUGCUAUAUUAACAACAUCUUCUACUCCUAUAUCUAGUCCUAUUGAACUAAAUGAUACACAGCAGCAACAACUUCUGCACAAAAAAACUGUUACCAAACUAUUAGUAUCGAAUCAUCAAUCAUCGGUCAUUGGAAAUGUUACUCCUGUGUUACAAAAAAUAUCAAAUCCCCCAGUAAUAACUGUUCUGAAUUCAGCUGGUGGUCCCUUGACAGUAUUGAAGACAAUUUGUGUGACGUCGGGGGUAUCUAGUGCCCCUCAUUUUUCUUUAGUGAACAAUCAGUCGUUAACUGUUACAAAUGCAGUUGGAAAGACACCGACCAUAACUUUACUCAAUACCCCAGUUACAGUUGUUAAAAUGACUCCUCCUCAAUCUCAAAAUAUUGAUAAUAAACCUGUGGAAAAUGCUAAUUGUCCAGUGAGUGCACAGAAUGUAUCUACAAUAAUUGAAAAUCGAGCACACAAUGUUUUUGUAAAAAACACAUGCUCUGAUUCAUCUGUAUCUGACGUGACGCAAUGUCAUAAAUUCUUAACCUCGAAUAACUUUUCUCAAACUAAUGUGUUGACAAGUAUUCCUACAACAAGUGGAAAGCCAGUAAAUAAUCAGAGAGGUAAAUUGAAAAUAUUAGGUAAUAUGGUUAUACCAUCCAUGGCAAAUACUUCAAAUAACCAACAAACGGCAAGCCAAAUUAUGUCAAAAACAAAUUCUCAACCACAACAACAACAACAAAGAAUUAUCUCAAGACAGAAAGUUUUGGGUCCAAAUACAAGCCAACCUAAAUACAUAAAUAAGUUACAAAAUACUACUCAGCAAAAGUCUAUGUGUCCUUUGAAACAAAAUACAGAGAAAGUGCAACAACAAGCUAAGGUUAUAUAUCCAACGCAUAAGAGCCAAAUUAAAACUUUGCCACCAGUGAAUAAUUACAUGCCUAAGCCACCAAAUAUGAAAACAUUGAAUUCUCAACAGUCGAAGAGUAUUCCUGGUCAAGUUCAAAGAACAGGUUCUGGCUUGAGAACAAUUCCUCCACAAAGACCACCUAAACUUCCCAAUAAAUUGAACUACAUUGGUAAACAUGCAGUUCAAGCGCAAAAAAUCAAACAUGGACAGAAUCGUUUCAAUAAACCUCUCAAACAAGGGGGACCAUUUUAUAAUAAUUGUGUUCCUCCAUCUCAUGCCAAUAAACAGUUGGCUUUCAAUCAAGCGUUAACAGCUGAAAUUUUGGAAACUUUGGGUAACAACAAAAGUGGACCCACUACAAGUUAUCAAAAUAAAAGUUACGAAAUAUUGCCUAAUAGAUAUGCAGCACCUAUGUAUCCUGAAGAACAACAACCGGAGCCUGUCAAGUAUGAGGAUAAAUCCAAGUCAGGUCUAGAUGCUUUAUCGUUAAUUUGUCAGGCAGUUUUACUGGACCACAAUUACAACGCUACUCUACCACCAGAUUCUCCAACAAGAAUUGUACCUCUUUCUAGCAAUCCUUUACAGGCUAAUGGUAUGUCAGGAAAUUCUAUGAUGAUUUAUUCGCCUGGAUCCAGCUCUAAAAGCAAAUAUCCAACAGAGAGAAAAAGAACACCGUCUUGCUCAAACCCUGUCUCCACUAGCUCUAGUAUGUCGAACAUCUCGUCUUCACUACCUAGUAACAGUACUUCUUUAGUUAACCUCCAAGAUGAUGAUGCAGCAUCUGAUAUCAGCGAUUGUUCUGAUAGGAAACAUGAUACUGAAGGAGAAGAAACAGAUACUGCUCCAGAAGCUGAAGCUGUUAAUAAUGAAGAACUUUAUGAUCAUUACGGUGAUUAUGUUACGAGAUGUAUAUGUGGUUUUAUACAUGAUGAUGGAUAUAUGGUGGAAUGUGAUCAAUGUAAAGUUUGGCAACAUGUUCAGUGUGUAGUAAAAAAUAAGCAGGUGCCAGAUGAGUAUCUUUGUGAAAAGUGUAAUCCUUCGAAACCAGUCGAUCCUCAGAAGGCCAGGAUGAUACAACAGCAGUGGCUCAGAGAGAGACAAUUGCCUGAGAUGAAAACAUUCAAAAAAGAAAUCAAAAUGAAGGAAAAUCCUAAAUUAAAGGAUAUACCAACAGAUAGUGAUUCAUCGGAUGCAGAAAAUCCAAGAAAUAAUAAUACCGUUAUCCCCAAAGGAAGAACACCGUUGGCCCAGAGGAAAAAAUCUGACAAACAAAUGACUAAGCAGAAAAAGGAACUGAAAGAAGCAAAUAUGCAGAGAAAGAGUUUCAAGAAAAGAGAAAGAAAACUAAUUAGAAGAAAGAGUAAGGUACAAACGAAGAAAGAAGAUGACGAAAAUCGUGAAACAUUGGCAACGCCGAAUAUGCCUCAUUUGAGACAGUGGAUAGAAAGUUACGAGGAGGCAGUAACUAAUCAUUAUUCUCCCGAACUUCGGGCUCGAAUAUCUAAUAUAAGAGUCAAUGGUUCACAGAAUAUUGAUACUUCGGUGUCCUUUGAUCCUACAGUUAAUAAGUGCAGGGCUCACUCGCUGCCUUUAACCGAUCUAAGAUAUCUAAUAGCCACGGAGGAAAUUUCUCCCGACUCUGCCAUCAUAGAAUUGAGGGGAAAAUACAUGUUGAGUAUUCAACAUAGAAACCCCGGGGGCAAUUUGAACACUCGGCAGCACGCUCAACGACCUGGGCCAUUUUUAUUUUUUUACCGUCUGAACAAAGACAACACUGAGGUAUGUGUCGAUACAAGAACGUACGGAAAUGUUGCAAGAUUUGUUAGGCGUUCUUGUAAACCCAAUGCAGAGUUGAGACAUUGUAUUGAGAAGGGUGUUCUUCAUUUGUAUCUUGUUGCUAUCUCGCACAUUGAGAGAUGGUCAGAAAUCACAAUGAAACAUGAAUCUCAUGACUUGGCCGCUAUCGGGACCACCCAAAUUUCUUGUUUUUGUGGAAACCCCGCUGAAUGUAAAGUUAAUAAAUCCAGUUUAAAAAGAAACGGUGAUAGUGUUACAGAGAUGUACAGAAAGAAAAGGGGAAGGAGAACGGCAUCAAUAUCAACACCAUCGGAACCUGAAACACCUCAAGUCCCAGUGAAAGAGGAGGUUUCAGUUUCUGAACCAUUGCCCCCAGUGUUGCCUCAAAUUACUACUCUUCUUUCUCCAAGUCCAAUUAAAAUUAAACCUGAAAAAGUGGAAGUUGAAGUGAAGCAAGAAAUAAAAAUGGAAGAAGUUAUUAUAAAAGAAGAAAUUUUAGAAGUACCUGAAGUAAAGACGGAGUUGGUACCUGUAAAAGAAGAAAGACCAUCUACUCCUGUUGAAGAGGAUGAUGUGCCUGUUGUUACUGAGACUUCUGAAAAUGAAGAAAAAGAUGUCAAAAAAGAAGAAAAGGAAAACGAAUGUAAGAAGAGUCCUGUUUCUGUUUCUACUAGAAGAUCUUCUCAGCACAAGGGGGAAAAAGACAAAGAGGAUGAAAAACCUGUAUCAGUUAAGCAAGAAAAAAGCAAGAACAAGAAAUUAAGUCGAGAAGAGAGAAAAUUAGAGGCUAUUCUGAGAGCAAUUGAACAAAUGGAAAAGGCCAAUCAAAGAAAGCAAGAACACAAGCAAACAAAACAUGUACAAAGAAGAGAAUCAGAGCCGUCACCAUACAGUAAAGAUGAAGAAAAAACUAUGGACUUGAAACAAAAACGUAAAAGAAGAAAAGGGAGAGCUAGGACGACAAGUACACACAGUACAAGGCGAGACAGGUUAAAUUCUGGUGAUUCAUAUUUCACUUCUGGUGAUGAGAAUAUGCUUUCCCCGAAUGACGGUAUACAUCCCAAGAAAGGCGAUGAAACGACCGAUGAUAGUACAUCUGGAAAACAUGAUGGUUUUCUAUUAACUUUCUCUGGUAAUGAGGAAAAUAAAAGAGACAAGUCUCCAGUAAGGGAAAACGACUCCAAUUCAAACUCAACACAUUCUUCACCAGAAACACCGUUAUCUUUAGCUUGCUCGUUAGUUCAAGCUGCCGUUGAGCCUUUGGAGUCAGGAUUCAAAUUUCCCAAAACUAAAAAGGGUUUGAUGAAUGAAUGGCUCAACAAAACUCCAGAUGCUGUUCAAAUAUCCUCCAGUCCUUUAUCUCUACAUAUCAACAGCACAGAAGUGGAAACGAAUUCCAGUUUCAGUGCUCCGUUAAAGAACCUCGCCCACGAAUCUGGUCCGAAAGGAAGUGCUAAAAAGAGGUGGCUCCGGCAGGCCAUCAGCGAAGACAAAUGUGAUAGUCCCCAAGAAUCUCCACCGAUCAAUGACAUGGUAGCACCGCCGAAAAAAAGAAGAUUGCCAAGAGAAUCGAUUUCCAGCGAUAUAACUCCACCUUCCACACCGACGAGUUUGGUGCCCCCAGAAAAUAGGAUGGAAAUUGAUGGUGGUACUUCUUCAAUUGAAAUGCGUCCGUUCCAGUUGGUGUACGAUGAUUGUAAUGAUGGUCAAAAGGAAACUUUGGAAUCCGAACUCAUUUUAAAGGAGAGAGCGGCUGAAAUGAAGCAGGAAUUUGGCAAAACCUAUGCACAAUCUGCAACAUCCGAAAUCAAUCAAAGACCGGAUACACUAUCAUUCGGGUGUUUGAUGGAUCCUAGAUUAAGAAAUCACAAUUUUACCAAUAGCGAACAUCUAGUUGGAACCGUUGAAAAAACUCUCAGUAUACUGGGAUUUGAAGAACGAAAACCUGAAGUUGUUCCGCCAAUAAGACGAAAGUUAUCAAUAACAGAAUACCGACAAAGAAAGAAGCUCAACAACAAUGAAAUAAAUGACAAGUUAGAGGAAUCUGCCAUUUCUGAAGACUGUGUCAAUGAAGAAAAUAAUUCUUCAGAAUCAUUUCAAAUGACAGCUACUCGCCCAAGGUUGAAUAGUCCAAGUAGUUCAUCCAGCUCAUCUUCCGAUGAUGAAACAUGUGUGAUAACUGAAUUGCCUGCCAAAGUUCCAGCAUUCAAUUCAGAACCAACUGAAUUGGAAAGGCAGAGAGAAAUGCAAACUUUAAGGCUCAAAAAGGCAUUUGGAUUAUCAAUAGAUGUUGAACCUAAAAAAUCAGUCAUAACCAGCGAUUCAAUUUUCAAAAGUGAAUUAGCUACUCCACCAAUCAUCAAAUCUUUUACUGCUCAAGACAGUCCGAUCAACUUAACUCCAGUAAGCUGUGAGAACUCGGACAUCAAAUCGUCAUUGAAUUCCCCUAGACUUCACGCCAUUCUAACACAAACCGAAUAUUCUAAUUUGUCACCGAAUAUAGCGGAGCAAGAAAAAGAAGCUACUGCGGAAAACGUCGCACCUCAAGCUAUGUCCCCCCAUGUUCAAGAAGAGCAACCUGAAAGUGUUGUUGUCAUGCCACAAUCGUCUGAAAAAGAAGUUCUGAACGACGAGAGUGAAACGCCAAAACCCGAGGAAUACAUGGAGUUCGAAACAACACCGGACGAUGAGGAAAAAAUGGCAAGUGAAGAGAUCAAACCCCAUAUGUUCUAUACCCCCGAUGAAGAGGAAGAGAUUGAGGAGACGGAGUUCCCUGAAGUUGAGAGUAUCAAUUACGUUCCACCCUUUAACAAUCCAAUAUAUCCAAGUAUCAAUUAUACAUCCCUGAUUGAUGAAGAAGGUCGUUAUGAGGGUCGAAAUCCUUCGCCCCCUCCCUCCCAUUUGGAUCCGGAAGAUAUGGAAUCUUAAAAAAUAUCCCGAAUAUUCAUGUAAAAGGGAGUAUAUGUGCAAUCAAGAUGUUCCAAAUAGAAAAUCAUGAAACAUUUAGGAACAUUGUAUAUAGUUGUUUUAUUUUCGGAGAUUUAUUUUUAAAUAUUAUUAAGUGCAGAGAAUUGCAAAAAGAAUUAAUAAUGGUCUGACUAUGAAGAGAAUGUAAUUAUGGUUCGUUUGAUUUUUUAUCGAGUUGCUUUAUUUUUGUAGAUUAAUGUAAGAAAUGUAAACUUUGUAAAUAAUUUUUAUCUGUAAGGAAAAUUUAAGAUUUAAUUUCAUUUUGGUACAACCUUUCACAAAUGGCAUGAAAUAUUUAUUAUUUUGUUGAUGUUAUUAUUUAUUUAAUUCAAAAUUAAUGUUAACAUGUAUAUGAUGCAUACAUAUUUAUUAAUUUUUGGAGAAAUUAACCAGUGAUACAUGGCCAUUCACCUGAUUGAUGUACAUAAAUUUUAAAAAAAUCUUCUUGCCAUUUGUGGACAUGUAUAUAACUGUUUAUACAUGUUAUAAAUUUGAAGUACAAAAUUGGUUUAAGAGUUGAUCUCGUCUCCUAAGAGUAGAAGCUUUUUUAUUUUUUCUAUAAUUAUAGAGUUACAAAAUAAUUAUUUAUAUUGUUGUGAAACAGGUGGUAACACGACUACAUUAAAGAUGGGAAUUAUUUCAGGUGUUUCAAUGAGGAGAAUUACAUUUUAUUUCUUUUUUUCUCAUUUUUGUUUCAAUGAAAUAUUUGGUUGACAAUGAAGUUCAAUAUUUCUAUUCAGUAAACCUUUUUUCUGUGUGAGAAUCCUCUUUUCAUUUUCCUAUCUUUUCAGUCGUGAUCUCUUUCUAAAAGUUGUUUGUUUCUAGAUGAAAUCUAGAAAAAAAUUGUGGUAGUUUGAAUUCGGAGCUUCCUCAAAAAUGAAGUUCAUGAAUCGUUCCAUAAUUGUUUCUAUAGUUACUGUUGGCUAUUUAGAAUUAUCUAUAAAAUACUUCCAAUCGUUCCAGUACCUUGAAUUUUGUUUCAAUUAUUUAUAAGUGAUAAGGAAUUGUCUGAACAUCACAAAAUUUUACGGAAGUCGUUGAUCCCAGUCUGUAUAUAAUAAUUGUAAAUAUAUAAUAUAUUUAUAUAUGAAAUUGUAAAUUCAAUCGUACUAUAAACUUGAAAACUAACUCAAGAAGAUCCAGUGUUUUUUCGUUUGUAUUAAUUUAUUUAUUAUUCCUUGAUAAUUGAGGAGGAGGAUCACUAAGCUUGUAUAUAAUUCAUUAACUAUUUUACUUCCACUCCAAGCAAUUUUCUAUGUUUAGAGUAACCAUCUAAUGAGCUGUAAAAAUUUUAUUUUGCUUCGGAAGUGAAUGGUAGAACUCAAAUAAUCUGAAGAUGCGUCGAAUAUUCAUUUUAUCAUCUCAAUGCACAUGAUUGAUUAAUGACCCUUUUUGACAGUAAUUCUACUCAGUAUUGUUUAUAAAUAUUAAAAAAUGUGACAAUGAUAAAAGCAAUAUUGACGCAAUUCGUUCAAAUUAUCAAGUGUCAUUCAACGAUUCAAUUAAGAAAUAGAAUAUUUUAAUAUAUAUAAUACAGCUGUAUAUAAUACAUACUUUGAUGUUGGUACGAAUUUUCGUACAAUUAAUAAUAAAUUGAAAUAAUUUGAAA